GGAUCCUAGGCCUUCCCAAACAGCGGACGCCCAAAGACUCCCAGGGCGUACGUCUUGCCAGUCAAAAAUGCUAAGGUAGCACCCUCUCACACGGCUCUUGCUGUCGUUGCGCUUUGAACUGCGAAAAACGCACGGACGAAGCCGGAAAUAAGGGCUUUUAUCGUCAAAACGAAAACGCCCCUGCCCGCGCGAUGAGGCCCUUUGCGUGCUUCGGUGGCGCGCCCACAGCGCGUCUGGCGUCGUCGAGCUGCCUGGGAACAAAUUUCUGCGAUGGCGUGGGCCCCGCGCGGCCGCAUGACGGGAUCGAGGUCCCCGACUCGGAUAUUGACGCGGACCCCACGGACGGCCCCACGGACGACCUGGACGGCGAGCUCCUGUCGCCGCUGGAAGCCAGUCGAGGCUGGCCCCGCGAGCCCGAGACCUGGGGCCGGCGCAGCGUCAUCUCGCCCCAUAGAGCUCUUGUUGCCGCGCCCGACGACGGCACCGCGCCAGGAUCUGAUAGAGGCAAGAGCCACGGCUCUCCUGGAGCGCCGACGCGCGCCCUGCCCCCCGAGCGCCGAAGUUCGUCAGACGAGGACACGCCGGCCGACGGCGCGACGCGAUCUGUCGGAUCCGACUUGACCCGAAGUUCCUCCUCCUCGUCAGAAGAGGACGACGACGCCGUCACGCCUUUGAAGCUCACGACGCCGACGAAAUCUUGCCUCAGACCCCAGAGUAGCUGCUCUUCAUUGGACUCCGAGUCUGAAAUAGAAGCGUUCGAGGAGACCCAAAAAUCUCUGAGGCGGGCCGAGGACCCGCGGCGCGUCCGGUUCCGGGACAAGACGCUGGAUGCGGUCGUGACGAUCCCGAAUCUGGAGGACUACGGCUGGCGCGCGCGGCGCGACUGCUACUGGCAGCCCGAGGAGUACGCGCAGAUGGCCCGGUCGCGCGUACGGUUGGAGCGGGCCGUGCUGGAGACGGGCGGUCGGGCGGUGAUCCCCGGCGAAAGUCGUCGCGGGCUGGGGCUGGUCUGCGAGCCCGAAACGAGACUAGCACGGGCGUCGAAGAUCCAACAAACUGCCAGGGCGGUGCUGCGCAUGCACGCGAACGGCGCCACGCCGGGUCGCUUGGCGCGCUUCGCGACGGACGCAUCGCGGUGGGCGACGCGGAACGCUCUCAUAUGCGCUGAAAAAGAUUUAGCGGCGGCCCAGGACGCCCUUAGGGAUGCGUCGUGGACGCGGCGCGCGCCGUCGCCGCCGCCUUCCCAAAGUUAUGUUGUUUCAACACCGGUCGACAUGCCGCGCUGCGACUCGAACACGGCGUCGACGGACGGGUUGGCGUCGAUGAUCCGCCACGACUCGCUCAACGACCUGACCGACUUGGACCGCCACGUCCACGACGGCUCGCCCCUCAGCUUCUCGGAGUACCAGACGUCCGAGACGCGCCGGCGCAUCGCGCCGGCGACGCCGUCGCCGCCGUGCGCCGUGCGCUCGGCCGCCUGAUGUCAUCAGGCGGCCCCAAUUCUUGACCUGUUCAUACGAACCACGACCCUUCCCGUCCCGGACGCAAAAAACGCGGGACCCGCCCCACUGACUCGCCUCUCGUAACCUUAAGAUUACGCCGGAA